AUGGAAUGUCCAACUGGCGCGAGCGCCAUCGAGGAAGUGAGAGUCUUUGGGAUAGGCGCAGGGCUCUUCACCAUCGGCCUGACGGCCAUAGUAAGUGUACUCUUUUUUGCCGCAGUGUCCUGCGCCGUGAGGUCCUGUCGCCCGGGUGGCUUCUGCGCUGUGCUCCUUGCGAACCUGGCCUUGGCACUAUUCCUUGUCCUCCUCCCAAAGGGCAAGUGCCGAAGAGAAGUGCCAACCUUUGGUGUCAACCGUCAAGGACAGUUCCUCGACUUUGUUACAGCAGCCUCUGCACUGGGAGCCAUUGUCGCAGCAGCUCUGCUGGCAACGGAAACCCUUGUGCGCCUGGCCGCGAUUCCGAGGGACGAGCGCUUAGCAGGAGUGGCCGGAGCCGCAAGAUCCUGA